AUGGCAACAACCACAAAGACGAUGACCACCAACACCACUAUCCAGCAAGAGAAGCCCUGGACUAGCCACCCGUUCAAGCUGAUUUCCGACACGGGCCUGAAUGCCCGUUCUGAUGUUCCGCGCGACCAUUAUGUGGUCAAGUUCACCAAAGAUAUGGCGCUGGUGCACAAUCUGGUUUUGCGCGGGCUUAAUGCGGCGUACAACCAGUGUCUGUCGGUAACACCAGGCACACAGGCAGCCCAGGAUUUUCUUAUCUUCAACCAGUGUGUGUUUGAGAUGCUCAAGUCACACCACGACAUGGAAGAGGAGGAGUUGUUUCCCAGGCUCGAAAAGGCCCUCAAUCAGCCAGGUGCAAUGGCAAACAAUGUGGCUGAGCAUCACGACUUCCACGACGGCCUCAUGCGUUUCCACGACUAUGUAUUUAAUACCGAAGCCGACGACUAUGACGGGCCGACGCUACACGCUAUUAUCGAGUCAUUCGGCUCGCUGGUAGAAAAGCAUCUACACAACGAAAUCGCGCCGCUAUACGACCUCCACGUCAUCGAGAGUAACACUCUAAAGGCACUCUGGAACGAUGUCGAGAAAGACUAUCAACCUAACUUUGACAAAUAUCGCCAUGUCCCAUUAGCUAUGACUUGCGCCGACAAUAGUUUUGAAUUGGACGGCCAGGUGACGCCGUUUCCAGGCCUUCCAGUCUUUGCGGCAUAUAUUGUCAAGUUCUUGUUAGGUCGCAAGUUUUCGGGCGCCUGGGAGUUUGCGCCAUCUGACUUUACCGGACGGCCACGGCUGCAGCAAGCGUCGUUGUAA